AUGGCAGCGAUCCUUGGUUUAAUUACAAAAAAAAUAGAUGCAACCCCUCAAGGAAUUAGAGGGGACAGAGAAACCAACGUAUUCAUUGGGAGAGAUGAAAUCAUGGUUGGAAGGAACAAGGUUGUGUACAAUAUAGUUGAGACCUUAAUCAACUCCAGCAAUCAAGAAGCAAAUUUUAUUUCAGUUAUGGCCAUUGUCGGAAUGGCAGGCCUAGGAAAGACAGCUGUGGCUAAGGCAGUAUACAAUGAAGCUGCUAUAAGCAAACACUUUGAUGCGAGAAUAUGGGUGUGUGUAUCCAGUGAUUUUUCUAUCAAAUUGAUUUUAAGUCAGAUCUUAGAAAUGCUUAACCCAACAAAGGUUGUUGGGAGACUAAGUCUGGAUGAAUUGCUUAUAAACCUCCAAGAAGAAUUGAAAGGGAAGAGGUAUUUUCUUGUACUUGAUGAUGUUUGGAAUGAAUAUCCUGAAAAAUGGGCAAAUUUGAUGAAUUGUUUAUCAAAGAUUAAUUCUGCUCAGGGGAGCAAAAUUCUUGUCACCACCCGCAGUGCCAGAGUUGCAUCUAUUACAGAAACACUUCCAAGUUGUAAUUUGCGAACUUUAGCAGAAGAUGACUGUUGGUUAAUAUUGAAGGAUAGAGCAUUUCCACAUGCUAGUGCUGACAUAAGUCCAGAUCUCGAGAGAAUUGGUCGGGAAAUUGCCAAAAAAUGUGCAGGCGUGCCCUUAGUGGCAAAGGUACGAAAGUAG